AUGACUUCGAAUACACUGCUUUACAAGGAUAAAGGUCCAAAAUGCUCAGAAGUGCCCCAGAUUUUCAUGAUAUUUUUUGCGGUACUGAUCUUCCAUCAAUCCUUUACCACGCAAAAUGGCUUAGGAAUUACCUUCAUGUUAAAAAGUUGGCCUUACCUUUUAAAAACUUUGAGCUACGUUAUGCUGAUCGUAGCAGCUGCUGUCUUAGCCACUAAUUGGAGUGCCAAGAAUCUUUUAUGUCUGAGCAUUGCCGGCAUCGGUAUGCUGCACUUGAUUCAAGGGAUUCUAGAUCAAACCAUAGAUCCACAGUCCGAACAGUUGAACGAUUUCUUCAAGCGGUUAAUGAGUAUAGCUUAUGGCGUAACCCAUGCGCCAGUUCUGCCUUGCGUUUACGUACUCUUGGCUCGCUUGACGCCGCCUCAAGACAGAGCGACUUUUGGCUCAUAUGUUUUUUCUGCCAAGCAAUGUAGCACUAUAAUUUUUCUCAUCGUUACUACGUGCUGUGCAAACGACAAUAGUUUCCUUGAAGUUUACUACGCUACAUACUCAAUUUUUGGAUUGAUCGCCGUGGUUUGGAGUAUCGUGUACUAUUUUGUGGGAUCCAACUAUGAUCUGGAAUUCGUGGACCAAGCUCCAUCGUUCAAGCCACAAAUACCUUGGAGCUCGAUUCUGUCGUCGUUGCCCGUCUGGACUUUGAUAUUUUCUCACGCGUCUAGCUUUGCUGUUCAAGUAGUCACAAUGAAGCGAAGUCAAUACAUGUUUCAAAAUAUGUAG